AUGGACGAGCUCGUGGAGGAGGUCCUCCUCCGCUCCCCGCCGGACGACCCCGCGCACCUCGUCCGCGCCGCCCUCGUCUGCAAGCGCUGGUGCCGCAUCCUCGCCGACGCCGGCUUCCGCCGCCGGUUCCGCAAGCUCCACCGGACGCCCCCCAUGCUGGGCAUCCUCCACCGCCACACCCACGCAUCUUACGUGACAACCUUCACCGCCACAUCCUCCUUCCGCCCGCGCAACGGCGACCUCCUACGUGACUGGUGCGCGCUCGACUCCCGCCACGGCCGCGUCCUCCUCGCCGGAUUGCCCCUGCGGGACGACCCCUCGGAGAACAACCUGUCCGUGUGGGAUCCCGUCACGGGCGAGCAGCUGGAACUGCCCGAGCAGCCGCAGCACCCCAACAGGGUGCCGUUCGGCUGGAAUGCCACGGUGCUCUGCCCGGACGGUGCCUGCGACCACCUCGACUGCGGCCGCGGACCCUUCCUCGUCGUCGUUGUUGGCACCGACUUCGACGGGGGUUUUGUGUAUGCCUACUCAUCGGAGGCUGGGACAUGA